AGUAAUCCGUGAACUCAGCCUCACAGCACUUAUGCUGAGCCCUCAAACUACAGCUGUUUAAUUCUACUAAUUCCAUAAUCACUUCAAUCCAUUGCAUCAGAUCAGAUUUAGCUGCAUAAAAUAUUUGACUUCAUCUUUGAGAAAUAUGAUCGACAAAAUUGACUUUCACUGAUUGAUUUUUACUACAACACGAGAUUUGAAGUUAUAAUUCCACUUCUUCAUUUUAAGGUAUUCCUCAAGUUACAGGUCAUGUGAAAUGAUUUGAGGUUUUUCUUCUUUUUCAUUGAUGUUCCUUUUUGAAAAACAGACACAUACAUUCACUAGAAAGCCAUUUGAAUAAGUGAAAAGGGAAAAUAGACAGCAAACAACUAGAUUCAAGAUUUGGCUUAGAUGGGUAUCUGUUUUCCAACUUCAUAAUCAAUCUCAGAUUUCCGCAAGCCUUCUGGGAUUUCUUGUUUUGGGUUUUCAGAUUCAGCUCGAAAUACACUUGUUUUCCUUUAAUUGGGUGGAAAUAGAAGGAAAAAAUGGGUGUUGAAUUGUUGGAGAUUGGAGUUAAAGUGAGGAAAGGUGCGAUUUUUACGAUCAGAGGAUGCUUUAAAACAGUUUGCAGUCAUCCAUUUCUUGUGGGCAUGCUGUGUUUCUUGAUAUAUUUGUACAGAUCAUCUCCUUUGAUUUUUCAAUUAUUGGUGUCUGCAUCUCCUAUCCUUGUAUGCACUGCUGUUUUGCUUGGAACCCUUUUAAGUUUCGGGCAACCAAAUAUACCCGAAAUCGAAGUAGAGGAGAAGACAACUAUAGAGGUUUUGUCGAUUAAAAGUCGUGUUUUGGGUGAUGCUACUGUUGUUGAGGAAAAUGAGAGCCACUUUGUUGAGAGAUUUGAUGAGAAUAUUAGGGAGGAUUUGGAUGAUACUGCCCCGCUGAUUGAGGAAAGAUCGCAGGGAAGUGAGGCGAGUGAUGGUGAGGAGAGGGGAAGGAAGAGAGAGUUGGGUGAGUUGAGGUAUAAGGAGAAAUGUGAGUGGAUUGAAGACAGGCUUAUCAAUGGGGAUGCCAAGGUAAAUGGUGAAGUUAUUGAAUCAGAUGAUGAGAAAUCAGGUGCAGAUUCUUUCGAUUCCGAGAAGGUGAAUGUGGAUUCUCUGGAUUCACCCCCUCUCUCUCCUUGGGCACGAGUCGAGGAGCGGGAGGAGGAACAAGAGGAAGAAUCAGUGAAGGAGCAAGAUGAGGAUGAGGAGGGGGGCUCGGAUUCUGGAUCUGAUUGCGCUGAGAGCUCCUCUCCUGAUGCCUCGAUGGCUGACAUAAUCCCAAUGCUUGAUGAGCUCCAUCCGUUGCUGGAUGAGGAGGGCGGCCCUCAAAAUGCUCGUCUCUCCCGUAGUAGCUCAGAUGUACCAUCAGAAAAGUCACUAAAAUCGAGUCAUCAGUCGGAUGAUGAGUCUGAAAAUCAUGAGCACUUGGAAGCUGCUGAUGAUGAAAAUGAAGACAUCGAAGAUGAAGAAGAUGCACAAGGAGACAAGGACAAGGAGAUGAAAUCUGCCAUUACAUGGACAGAGCAGGACCAGAAGAAUCUCAUGGAUCUUGGAAGCUCCGAGAUAGAGAGAAACCAACGUUUGGAGAAUCUGAUUUUGAGGAGGAGAGCAAGGAAAAACACAAGCUCGAGCUUGUUCGCAGAGAGGAACUUGAUAGACUUGGAGAGUACCGAUCUCCCUUUUAACAUUGCUCCCAUUUCGACGAGACGACAGAAUCCGUUUGAUCUCCCUCAAGAUUCUUAUGACGAUUCAGGACUGCCUCCCAUUCCUGGUUCAGCUCCCUCUGUUAUGUUACAAAGGCGGAACCCUUUCGACAUUCCUUAUGACUCAAGCGAGGAGAAGCCUGACCUUAAGGGAGAUGUGUUUCAAGAGGAGUUCACAUCCCAACCCAGAGAGCCAUUUUUCCGCAGACACGAGAGCUUUAAUAUCAGAGCUUCAAUAUUUGCACCUAAGAGGCAAGAUUCCAGGAUGAGGCCUUACUUUGUUCCCGAGCGAACAAUCUCCGAAGAAUCGAACAGUUCUCUGUUUCAGAGACAGUUGAGUGGACUUAGUGACUCGAAGGGGAGCUCCAUACCUGAAACUGAAUCAAUCACUUCAGUUGAGGAUAUUGAGGACAAGAAGCUUCCAGAAACAGAUUGUCUGCCAGAAAGAGAGGUUGUGGAACAAGCAAGAGAUGCCGUUGAGGAGGAGGUCCCUUCUCGUGAUCCAGAGCUGAUUAGCCUACAGGAGGUAGACACUGAAAAGAUGAUCUCCAAGAUGGAGAGUGUUGCCGAGCAUAUCGAGCAUGGAAGUCAAUCUUCGGAAGACGGAGAUAGUCUAGAGUUAGACCAUAUCGAGAAUAGAGAAGUGCAAGUUGGAGAAUCUCAAUUGGAGGUGGAGGAUGUAACCUAUUGCUACGAGCAAGGAAGUGCAUCCCAAUGCAUGGAAGCUCAGGGUUUUGUACAUGGUUCAACCAUGGAAGCUGUUGAGUCAAGAUACAAUAGAGAUUCAAGCUCCUCAUCACUUUCAGAAGUGAGUGAGAGGGUCUUCAUUCAUACAGAAGGUGAAGGGCUAUCAAUGAUGGAGGGAAACAGAGAUGUUGAAGAACCAAGCGUCUCGAGCGAAACUUCUUUAGGAAGUAACUAUCUGAAUAUCACAAGUGCAUUGGCUAUCGACAUAACACAACGGGCACCUGUUUACGAUUCUAGCCCCCGUGGACUCGGUCAAAAUACAUCAUCUUCCUCUGUUUCUUGUGAUGUGCUUCCCGUAUCUGAAGGGAGUCGUCGGGAAAUCGAGACAGACAUCGAGAUGUUGCCUGAUUCGUCAAUUUCCCAAUUAGUAGCAGGUGAAUCUAUGCCAGUUGAUUUCUUUGAUAUAAGAGAUCAUGAAAAUGCAAAUGCUGAUUUAAGGCGAAAGUCUUCAUCCAUGUCUUCUGCUUCGAUGGAGGAACAUCUCAUGGAGAAUCAUAUAUUGGUUGAAGUUUCAGUCUCCACUGAUGAUAAAACUAUUCAUGGCCUAGUUGGAGUCACUGAGACACAACUUGAAGAUGUGGCAAGAACAGAAAGUUCAAUCUCCGUUGAUUCCUCUGCUGAUAUUCAACAUGACACUGACGAAAAUUUAAUCUCUAUGAUUCCAUCUGAAGGAAACACAUCUCUCUUUUAUGAGAGUGCUAUCCAAGAGCCAGAUUUCAACUAUCUCAAUGAGGUGCAAAAAAUGCAGGCAUUGAGAACCCAAGUUGAGUCAUUUUCGGAUGAUCAAAUUACACAAAAUGAUUUGAACAUGCCCGAGGCCCAAGAGCUUGAUCAUUACAUCAACUCUCCGUCAAGUCCUAAAUUUGUUUCUGUUCUGCCAAGUGCCAUAGGGACAGAUAGUUCUAGUUUUGAUGAGCGGACAGUGGUGGAAGAAGCAGAUGAGAUUGUGGAAAUUGAUAAAGGGCUUUUGUGUGAGUUGGAUAAUGUUGGGGACUUUAGUAUCGGACAUUUGGGAUCUGGCACGAGCGACUUAGAAAAGCGUGUAGAUUCUGUUGGAGAAGAAACUUUGUCCUCAACGCAUCAUGAGGUUCACGCAGUUAAAGUGAACAAAAUGGAAGGUUUUCUUCUUUCAGAGGAUUCAAGGGAUGUUCAUGAACUGGACGCAGAAUGUAUUUCAGAUAUACAAACAAGUAGAGCUGAAAAUAUUGAGGUCUCAAAGGUCGCUGAAAAUGAUCAAGAUUCUCUUCAUCAGGAAGCAUCCGAUGAGGGAACACUGCCCACAGAGAAUGAAUUCCUGCCUGGUAAUUCGUCUGUUAAUCAUAAUCAUAAAGAUGCUUUUUCUGGAAUACCUGAAAUGGAAGUGCAAUCUGUAGAAAAUGUUGGUGCUGUUUCCACAAAGGCUGAGUUAGCAUCUGUAGAAACUGAAGUCAUGGUGGAAGUUGCUGAGAUGUCUUGUCAAGGUCAACUUGAUACAGAUACCAGUUCUGCGAUGCCUGAAAUCGAAGCUAGUUCCAUUGAAGAUGUUGAUCUAGCCUUCAAGCAAACCAGUUCUAAAGAGCACGUUGUUUUGGAUCCACCUCAAGCUGAGCUUCAGAAUCACGAAGAUACUGCUUCUGCAAUAUCUGAAUCUAAAUCACUAUCCGCAGAUGACAUUGAUGCUGCUCCUACUAAAACUGAAUCCACGUCUGUGGAUACUGAAACCAUAGUAGGAGUUUCCAGCUCUGAGAUGACUGAAGUUGAAGCAAGUACAGUAGGAGAUAUUGAAUUGUCAUUUACGCAAAUGAGUUCUGAAAAUCCUCGAGUUUUCGAGCCCGUUGAUGCAGAUACCCCUUCUCCAAUUCCUGAAUUUGAAGAUAGAAAAGUCGAAGAGGUUAAUCUUGCAUCCAAGAAAAUUAGUUCUGUGGAAAUCGAGAAGCAUGUUGUUCUAGAAGCUGAACUUCACGAUCGUGAAGAUACACCGGAACAGGAAGUCCUAUUGGCAGAAGAUGUUCCGAAGCAUACUGAAUUGGCUUCUGUGGAAACUGAAGUCGUCAUGGCAAGUGCUGAUCUAUCCACUCAAAGUCGAUUCCAUGCAGAGGACACUCAUGAAUUUACUGAAAUUGAAGCUAGUAAAGUUGAAGAAAUGGGUCUGGAAUUUGAGCAGAUAAUAUCUAAGGCGACUGAGAAACCGGUUGAUUUGGAGCCAGUGGAUACGAAUUCUACUUCUGGGAUGCCUGAAAUUGAAGCUGGUUCAUUGGAAGCUAUUCAUCAGGCAUUCCAGCAUAUCAGUUCCAACGAGACCAAGGAUUGUGAUGUUGGGGAGAACAUAACCAAGGAUACAGCACCACGCAGUGAUGUGAGUGAACCAGUAUACACUAAUGAGGCAUCUCUUACUGAAUUUGGACCAAGUGAUGAUGCUGAAGCGAAUCAUAAGCAAAUGGCUGAUAGAAAAACCGAUAUAGCUGAUUGCACUCUGCCACUUGUUGAAUCUAGAGAAACGCAAGGAGCCUCUUCCGAACUGCAUGUUUCUGAUGUUUUUGCUUUGGAGGGUAUGGCUCUUCCUUCAACUCAAGUGUCGGAUGGUGAAACGAGAGAACAUCUAAAGCUAAAGUCGAAUGAUGAAUCAUUUGAAGUCAAGGUUGAUGAUAAGGUAGGACCCUCUGAAAACAAGUCUAUCCUUAGCAGUGUCUUUGAGGAGAAAGAGCAAACCCAUGGCGAUGAAACAGUUAAAGACUUGCAUUCUCCAUCUUCUGGUAAAGGAAAAAGUAAACUCUCUAGAAGCUCAAGUUCCAGUUCCAGUUCCAGCUCUAGCUCCGACUCAAGCUCAGGUGAUACUGACAGAGUAUAGGAGGCCAGGUGGGGGAAAGGGGAGUGUUUCGGCCGUGCUUGAAUGUGCAAUUUUUGCUGCGCAAUAAGAUGGGGUUCUUUUGUCCUGCAGCAAGAUGGUUUCUUCAAGAAUGAGUUAUUUAUUUGAUUUCUUGAAGUUUAUGAGGUUUGGCGAGGUUUUUUCCUUUUUGGUCUUUUUUUCUUAGUGUUUCUUGUGAGGACUGUUUUGAGUUGAAAAUUUGUCUUGAACUAUCUUAAUCAUGUAGUGUGUACUGUAAAAUAUGUGCAGACUUUAAAGAUUGUUGAUUAUCUGAGGGGAAAGGGUUCGUUUCGUGACUAA